CAACUCACAUUCCGGAUAAGCUUUUACUCAAUUUUAUAUUUCUUGACAAAACGCCUAUAAUUAAAGCACACAAAAAUCUCCAUUGAUAUUCCAAAGUCCUCAUUUUGCAUCCCCUUUUAACCAGUAAAUGAAGCAUUUUACAUGCUUUACUCAGUCAGUCAACCUUAAAACUAUGAUAACCCAUUAACACCUACCUUUCAAACAAGAUAAAAAAUCUAAACCCCAUUUCAAAAAUUUCUAGUAUGUCUGUUUUAGCUCCAAAUUCUCAAAUAUUUUACCGAUUUUCACACCCAAAAGAUCAAUUUCCACAAAAAUGGAGUAAUGGGUGGUGUUUAUUUCUUGUAAAAAAUUCUGGGUUUGGAUUAAAAGACCAAAAAAACGGCAUAGAUGGUAGAAAUUUGAAGAAAAGAGAGAUUAUGGCGCAUGCUGCUUGGCCAGAUUUGUCGAGACCUACUACUGUUGAAAUGGAAUCCAUCAAAGAUUGUGAUCAGCUUGACCAGAUUUUACAGCAAGCUAAGGAUAAUUCUCAACCCGUUAUCAUUGAUUGGAUGGCUAAUUGGUGCAGGAAAUGCAUUUAUCUCAAGCCUAAACUGGAAAAAAUGGCUGCUGAAUAUGAUACCAAGGUCAAAUUUUACUACGUGGAUGUGAACAAUGUGCCUCAAGCUCUUGUCAAGCGCGGAAAUAUUUCAAAAAUGCCCACGAUCCAGCUAUGGCUAGACGGAGAAAUGAAAGCGGAAGUAAUUGGUGGCCAUAAAGCUUGGUUAGUUUUGGAAGAGGUGAAGGACAUGAUCCAGCAGUUCAUAUAAAUCUGCAGACCUCUAUCUUAAUUACCACAAUUUUUUUUUUUUUCAGUUUCUUCAACCUCUAUAAAUCUUCAGUUUUGUUGGUAUAUCACUAUAUUGUAUAGAGUCAGUUGAAAGACUACAUUUCUUUCCUUGUAAAUCAAAAAACAACCAGCGUUAUCUUUCUGAUUUGCUAACUGUGUACUACUUUUUCAGUUAUGCCCAAAUUAAGUUCUUAUAGUUUA